AGUGCUAAGGGAGCAGUAAUGUGCCAGGUUUGGACGGGGGUUGGAGGCUCUGUUGUGGGAGAUGGGGAUAUCGAAAGCUACAAACCCAGGUCGUGGGUGGGAGAGAGGUGUACGGGCGGGUUAAUCUCAGCAAUCCGGAUUUAACACAACAGCACCAGUGCAGAAUGCAAUACCUCUGCCCUACAACAUGUGAACUGUUCAGUGCUUAGCAGCGAAAUUCAUGCUCGAUCGAAGUGAGUGAAUGCCCGUGAAAUUCAUUUGCAACUUGGCUGGGAUCACGUGCCUCUGCAGAGCCGCCUCACAGAGGGUUUUCUUUUCUGUCUGUGUUGGAUGGGGGUAGGUUCAAAAAAUCGCCGUGCAGUCAGCAAUAUUAAUCAGCGCUUCCUCAGAUGUUGGUAACUUUAGCACAUCAUCGUUACUGCUGUGGUCAAAACAGGCGAAACCCAGCGCCACAAAGUUGUGAUUACACUUGAGUGAAGAGUUGCUGCUGCGGAGUUCCCUGCAGCCGCCGAGUCCAGCACCAUGACUACAUUCAGGGAGAGCUGCCGCCGACAACGCUACUCCUCCAGGAUGAAACCUCGCUCCAACUUGUGGGCAUUCACUUUGUUCCUUCAUUUUGCCCGCGGAUCCGGUGUCCUUCAUGUACCUCCCUUGACCCAUGUGCCACCUCAGAAUGUGCCAACACCAGCAGGAGAAUCCCAAAGUGCUGCCAGUGAUGCCCUGUUUGAAACAAACAUUCGGGAAGAGAUUAGAUUCAAACCUGGAGCAGCUAAUAUUAUAAUAUCACAAGGCAAUCCUGUAAGCUUCAACUGUUCCAUUGAUGUACCUGAAUUUUACCAGGAUGUGCCUAUUGAAUGGCUGAAGAAUGGCAAAGAACUAAUUGAUGGCCAUCGUUGCUUCUACAAAGGGAUUGCUUUUUCAAUCAGUGAACACAGAGCCAGGAUUCUCAGCAGCUGCAGCAUCUCCAAUGUACUGCAUUCUGACGCAGGUGUCUACAACUGUAGGAUAUUAAUAUCUAAUGUUCCCAUUGAAUCAGAGAAGAUCAAUCUUCGAAUAGAAGGAUUGCCAAGUUUUAUUCAAGAACCUGAAUCAAAAAACGUCACAAGAGAUGCAUCCUUUAAUCUCACCUGUGAGGCUGUGGGCCCACCGUAUCCCGUGGAUAUUUAUUGGUUACGGAAUGGUGAGAAGAUGAAAAUGGUCGCAGACACAUCCCCUUCUGUUUUGACUGUAGCAGGAAUUAAUGAACGGACAAGAUUUAGCUGUGAAGCACACAAUCCAAAAGGAGUAGCAGUUUCAAAGGAAGCCCAGGUUAACAUCAAGGAAGUCCCACUUACACCAAUUAACCUACGGAUUAAAAAUCAAACGGCGCACACUAUUGUAGUUUCAUGGGAGUCUGGCUUUGAUGGAUACUCUCCUCUCAACACUUGCCAAAUCCAGGUUAAGAAAGUUGAAGAUGCUGAAAACAUGACCAGUCCAGUGCUUAACUAUCAAACUACAGUUCCACCGUAUGAAUAUGGGAUCCUUCAUCUACAAGCCAUAACAUCCUACAAUAUCUGUGUUUCUUGUAAGAAUGAAGUUGGAUGGUCCAAGGACUGUUCUGCAGUCCAGGCUAGAACCUUGGAAGGAAUCCCAACAGCACCCCCUUACAAUGUCAGCAUACUAGUGAGUGAUUCCUCAUUGACUGUUGAAUGGGUUGGACCUCCGGAGGAGGAAAUUAAUGGCAUCCUGUUGGGUUACAUGUUGAGCUACGAUUGGGAAGGUGGUAAUUCCCCAGUUAUAAAACCACUUAAACUAUGUUGCAAUCAGACAGCUAACCGAGGUAUGAUUGAUGUUGUGGCAAUCAACGUUACAUAUAAUGUACAAGUGGCAGCAUAUACCAGCACUGGAAUUGGACCUUAUAGUGAUCCAACACACAUAUUUAUUGGGAGCAAUGAUCAGAUAAUACUUUCACCAUCCUCAACUACUGCAGGUGCUGAUGGCAGUAAUACUGAGAAUUCCCUGAUGGUGCUAAUUGGAAUCAUUUGUGUCAGCGGCAUAAUUAUUUCAAUUGCAUUCAUAUAUGCAGCUAUGAAAAAGCGGAUGAUGGAGACUAGGUUUGGGAAUGCAUUUGGUGAUGGAGAACUCUCUGAACCAACAGUCCAGUACAGAGCGAGAAAAACCUAUAUACGGAGAGCGGUUGAGGUUACACUAGAUAGCUUGGGAAUCCGUGCAGAACUGAAAGAGAAGCUGCAGGAUGUAAUGACUGACAGGAAGCUAUUGACUCUGGGUAAAGUUCUGGGAGAAGGGGAAUUUGGUUCUGUAGUGGAAGGACACAUUCUGCAGGCUGAUGGUACCAGUCAGAAAGUAGCUGUUAAAACCAUGAAAUUGGACAACUUCUCACAAAGGGAGAUUGAAGAAUUCCUGAGUGAAGCAGCUUGCAUGAAGGAUUUUGAUCACCCAAAUGUCAUUAAAUUGUUAGCUGUUUGCUUGGAGCUGAGUUCCAGGGAGCCAAUUCCAAAGCCAAUGGUCAUCCUCCCAUUUAUGAAAUAUGGGGAUUUGCACAGCUUCCUACUGCGCUCGAGGCUUGAAGAAAAUGCUGAUUAUUUUCCACAACAGACUUUGCUAAAAUUCAUGAUCGACAUUGCCAAUGGAAUGGAAUACCUCAGCAACAGGAAUUUCCUGCACAGAGAUCUAGCAGCCAGAAACUGCAUGUUACGUACUGAUAUGACAGUAUGUGUGGCAGACUUUGGUUUAUCCAAGAAGAUUUACAGCGGGGACUAUUACAGACAGGGUCGGAUCGCGAAGAUGCCAGUAAAAUGGAUUGCUCUCGAGAGUCUUGCUGAUCGAGUUUUCACGAUUAAAAGCGAUGUGUGGGCAUUUGGAGUUACAAUGUGGGAGAUAGUUACCCGAGGGAUGACCCCAUACCCAGGAAUACAGAAUCAUGAAAUUUAUGACUAUCUACAAGGAGGUCACAGAUUGAAACAGCCUUCUGACUGCCUGGAUGAGCUGUAUGAAAUUAUGUACUCUUGUUGGCGAAGUGAUCCUGCAGACCGGCCAACAUUUACCAACUUAAAGGUGUUUCUCACCAAGUUUUUAGAGAGUAUGCCUAAAGUUCAAAACAAAGAAGACAUCAUUUAUGUCAAUACAGGUAACCCUGAAGAGCAGAGUGUUCUGACUGAAGAGCCUACCUUUCCCGACGUGGACUUGUGUGAUUCCAAUGAAACUGAACCCUGCGCUGUAAGGUCUGCAGAAACCACUGUCACUGUGGAAAUCCAUGAAAGCAUGGAAGCAGAAGACAGAUACGUCACAUCUGGGCUACCUGAGGAGCAGUUGAACACAUUAGAUGUAAAAAUACCUUUGUUGCCUGGAGUGAGCCAAAGUAAUUCAACAACGUUGCUUGAAACUAAACCCCACUCUGAGGAUAUUCCUUAUGCUGAUGAUUCAUCUGACGACUCUGUUAUCGUGCUAUGAAGGACUUCUCAUGACAUUUCUGCCUGUUGCUGGACAGAUUGAAAGUGCUGCCAGAUCCAAAUACCCAAAAAUAUAUGUGUACAUUUUUUUUAGAAAAUAAUCAACAAAAUUUGAUACUGUGAUGAAAUACACAAGUAUGUUUUUAUUCAAUUGUUAACUCAUCUGCGAGCAGUCUUCCCACCAGUCCAGUAUUUGCGUCUUGGUGAUAAAUCAGGGAUCAUUUUGAAGAUUUGUAUAUUUGUACACAAUUACUUUCUGGUUCUGAGGAUUUUCAGGGCAUUGUAAGAAUUGAUAGAGUCUUUGAACUGUCUAACAGAUAUUUUUAUACUUAACUAUUGAAGGUCUUGUAUUAUUUUGUUCCCCAUUUAUAACUGUCUCCAUGUCAGUUGAUGAGGGCCAGAAUUGAAUAAAACAGUGUUCAUUUCACAUGACGAUAUCAUAGGGAAAGACUGUCUAGCUUAUUCUGGUUCUUUGAUUGUAGUAAAGUCCUAGUUUGUACUAUUCCUUUCACUCACAAAGCACAUGGUCCAAUGUUCUCCAAGGUUUUUGCCUCAUUGCUCCAUGUGGACAUCCAUAUCAGUUGCAUUAUUUAUUUGAGUGAGGAACAAAGUCCUGAUACCACACUUGAGAUUGCCUUUCCCCAGUUUGAGCCCACACCGCUGUACUUUGAAGUAUUAUAUGAGAAAUCUUAAAUUUAUGAAAUUAAGUUCUGAUAAUUGAUGUUCAUUGGUAUGUUUCGCAAACAUUUAAUUUUUUUUUAGAUACAGAUCACUUUAUUUCCUCCAAGUUCAUUGGACUGACUAAUCACUGGGUGGCAUUCCAACAUCUGCUGCUGAACAAAUAGAUCAAAGGGUGGUCUCAUGAAAUUACUAAAGCACCUUGAUUCACAGAACAGGAGGUGUUCAUUCAGCCCAUUGUUUCUGUUCCAGUUGUAAUUUAGAGCAAUCGAUGUCUUAUCCAUGAACCUUUUCCAUAUUUAGCUGAUUCCCACUGGGGAACAAUCUCAAUGAAUAAUCAGCGCUUUUAAAACUAGUCUUUAGUUGUGAGCCUACACGAUGAAUGUCCUUGAGAUUGAAGCAUGGCCAAAUUCUCAGCUGCUGGUAUCAUUGGAAACUAGCAAAUGACUGGCAUUCUCUUCUCAAGAUGAGCCCUCUAUGAUUCUGCUGUAGUUAUAUUAAUCAAUCUGCAUGGAUGUGCUGUCACACACCUUCAGGGAAGGUGGAUCUUCUGGCUGUGGUUCAGCUGUAUGUUGUUUAAUUUACGUUGAUAUCAGCUUAGCUCUUUGUUAAACUCCUUACAGGAAGUGGUAGUAAUACAUUAUGGUACUUCAUUAAAAAUAUUUUGUAUUGGUUAUUAAUAGGCCCAAACUCCUCCUCCUCCUCAGUCGAAGAGGUAAGGGGCAUAGUUUAGAAAAAUGGAUUUUUAAUAACUUUUUAGUUAGGUAAUAAAUGAUCUGAUGGCAGACAUCUUGCUGCCACUGUUAGGUAGUGUCAGAAUUGACCAUUGAUAGUGAUCUCUGUAUACCUUUGUGAAUUUUGUUUAAGACGUCAGUCAUAAUGAACUGUUUCACACUCUUUUGUCAGUUAUUACAGGCACACUCAUGAUCAAUCUGUGCCUAUUUCAAAGCAUAAAAGCACAAAAGAUGUGAACACAUUGGAGAGAAUGCAGAAGUGAUUUACAAGAAUGGUUCCAGGGAUGAGGAGCUGGAGUUGCGAGGAUAGAUUGAAGAAGUCGGGACUGUUUUCCCUGGAGAGAAGAGGAGAUCUGAUUGAGGUCUCCAACAUCAUGAGUGGGCUGAUGAGAGGAGAUGGAGAGAACUUGUUCCCACUUGUAAAACAAACAAAAACAAGACCACAGGUUUAUAGUGGUGUGCAAAAGAAGCAAGGGUGAUGCGAGACUGAAACAUUUUCACAUAGUGAGUAGUUUGGGGAUGGAAUGCACUGCCUGCAAAUGUGGUAAGCAUUCAAGGGGGCACAGGGUGAUUAUUUGGAUGGAUGUAGUGCACAAGGGUAUAGAGGUAAAGCAGGAGAUAGGUAAUGAUGUUUGUUUGAAGAGCCAGGAAUAAUGGAGCCAAGUAGCCUCCUUCUGGACCAUAAGAAUUGCCUGAUUCAAUUUUAAAAAUAAAGAGCAUAUGUGGCAAAAUAUCUUGAUUAAAGCUAAAACCAUUAGAGUGGCCAGUUUUUAAGUCAGUCUUAUUGUAUUACAGGCAAAGAAUUGUACAGGUACCAAGCCUGCAGCCAUGGAACAUGGGUGGAAUGUAAUGUGGAUUAUUUGUGUAUAUCUACUGUGAGAUGCCUUAAAUCCUAUUUGACAGAAUUUGAUCAUUUUCCUACGAGGUAGUGUGUUGAGUUGAAAUGCUGUGCACAGCCAAACAGAUAAUAUGCAACUCUUCCUCAUUUUUAUGACGUUAAUAAGCCAUUGUUGAUUGAUUGACCAUACUAACCAUGUGCCCUCACCAGACACAUCCUUUCAUCCAGCUAUGAUGUAACUUAACUUAUUUCUUUCUCUUUUACAUUUUCCUUCCUUAAUCCUACCCAGUCAUGUAUUUAUCUGUACAUUUGCCCUAUUUGGUUGGAAAAAUGGAACCACAUAUGAGUAAACAGCAAGAGUCAGUAAGCUUUAUAUUGUGUUGAGAUUGACCAUGGGAAAGCUUAAGUUUAAACCCUGGAUUCAAAAACAGAUUUCUGGUACCUCAUGUCAGUGACAGGAUGAACACGUGUAGGGGAGGUAGUCUCACUGUGGUAACGUCACUGGACUCAGAGUCUCAGACUAAUGCUCUGUGUAUAUGUGUUCAAAUCAAUUUAGAAAAACAAUAUGGAAUUAAAAGCUGCUUUAGUGACAACCUUUGUCAGUUGUCUAUGAACAUCAUUUUGAGAAGGGAAUCUGCAGUCA